AUGUCUAAAUUUCCCGGUCUUGAAUUAAUACAUACACAUUAUCAAGAUGUUUAUAAAAAUGAUGAUUGGAAAUAUUUAAUAAAUGUGUUCCAUUAUGUCAUGUGGGAAUAUAACUUCUUGGUUGUCGGUGAAAAUGGUCCAAAUGAUAAAAAUGGCAAAUAUGCUGAUUUAAUUAAAACAAAUAUUCAAGAUUAUGCAAGAAAAAAAGGUAAUCUUGUACAUAUUUCAAUGUUGGUGGCAAGCUUCAAACAACAUAUUAUUCCAUUAAUUAAUGUUCAACCUGGUGCUCAACAUGCUCAAGCUCAAACAUUAAAUAGUAAUACUGGUGAUAAAGGUGUUGGUAAUUCUGAAAAUCAUACUGAUCCAACUACUAAAACACGUGCAUUAUGA